GUUUAUUGUGUUCGUUUAGUCAGUGCACUGUGGUCUCUCACUUCUCACUUUUAGUGUCGUAGGUGGGUGUCUAACCGAACAACAACAAUAAAAACAUGUUCAGCAGUAAAAUUGUUAGGACCUGUUUUGGCGUGGUAAACAGUCAUGUCCGGCGUCUUGCAGGUCGAGUAUCCCUUAUUGUAAAUACGAGGCUCCAGCACACCCAGUCUGACCAUGGGGCGGAGCCUGGGCCCUUCCGUCCAGAGACCGCCUCCGCCAGGACGCUGAUGGACAUUGGCACUCGCAGGAUCUUCUCUGAGGAGCACGACCUCUUCAGGCAAAAUGUACGUCGCUUCUUUCAGGAGGAGGUGGUGCCACAUCACAGCGAAUGGGAGAAGGCAGGCGAAGUGAGCAGGGAGCUGUGGGAGAAGGCUGGAAUGCAGGGGCUGCUGGCAAUUUGCAUACCGGAGGAGCAAGGCGGGGUUGGGGGUGACCUGUUGUCUGCGGCAGUGGUCUGGGAAGAACAGAUGUACUGCAACUGCAGCGGGCCUGGCUUCUCCCUGCACUCGGACAUCAUCAUGCCCUACAUCAGCCACUACGGCACCCCGGCCCAGAUCGAGCGCUACAUCCCCCAGUUGACCGCUGGGAAGUGCAUCGCCGCCAUUGCCAUGACUGAGCCCGGAGCUGGCAGUGAUCUCCAAGGUGUGCGGACAUACGCCAAAAGGGAUGGCAGUGACUGGAUCCUCAAUGGGAACAAGGUGUUCAUAUCUAAUGGCUGGAUGAGCGACGUCGUUGUCGUGGUGGCGGUCACGAACCCGGAGGCAAAGACUGUGGCUCACGGCAUCAGCCUCUUCUUGGUAGAUGCUGGGAUGAAAGGGUUCCACAAGGGGCGCAAGCUGGAGAAGAUUGGCCUCAAGGCGCAGGACACAGCCGAGCUUUUCUUUGAGGACGUUCGUCUCCCAGCCAACGCCCUCCUGGGGGAGGUCAACAAGGGCUUCUACUACCUCAUGAACGAGCUGCCCCAGGAACGGCUGGUGAUCGCUGGUAUGGCCAUCGCAAGCUGUGAGUUUAUGUUCGAGGAGACCAGGAACUACGUCAUCCAGAGGAAGGCCUUUGGCAAGACCAUAGCCCACCUGCAGACAGUUCAGCACAAGCUGGCCGAGCUGAAGACAGAGAUCUGCGUGGGCCGUGCCUUUGUGGACAGCUGUCUGCAGCUGCACGCAGAAAAGAAGCUGGACUCCUCCACUGCCUCCAUGGCCAAAUACUGGGCGUCUGAUCUACAGAACCGGGUGGCAACGCAGUGCCUGCAGCUCCACGGGGGGUGGGGCUAUAUGUGGGAGUACCCCAUUGCCAAGGCCUUUGUUGACUCCCGCAUCCAGCCCAUUUAUGGCGGCACAAAUGAAAUAAUGAAGGAACUGAUUGCACGCAGCAUCAUCAGCAAGAAGUGAGGCCCACGGAAGUCACUUACGCCUCAGUUCUGUGGUUCUGGUUUUUAGUACAGUAAGGCUCAGGCAAGGCUAGCCUCACACUGUGCUGUGGUUUUCUGCAAGCUAAGCUGACUGGAUGUUGACGUGGCUUUGAUAUCGCUGUGGGGCUAACGCCAAUCAAACCAGUGAAAUAAUCAAGCUUAGCUAGGCUGCUGCAUUUCUAACUGUAAAAAACAUUUUUCAAAUGUUUUUAUAAAAAAUAUUUAGUUAAUGUAUAACUUUUUAUCGAUCUGUUUCUGAAAAAUGCACUGUAUUUAUCUAAUUGUUAGAUAAUACAACCAUGUUUUUGACUUGCAUUGUUAAUGAGGUCUUAGUAUAGUCCUCUCUGGUGUUACUACAGAAAUAUUGUGUGUCAAUGUACAUGUUUGUUUUGCAUUUAAACAAAAUUCUGAUUUUAAUAUA